AAGGCACAGCAGCAGCAGACUCAGCAGCCGCGGUGAGGGACGGACGGAUCUAUUGUUCCCUCUCUCCUCUUCUCCUUCACUGACCCUGCGUCCGGCCCUGGAUUACCCCUCCUGGGGGAACUAACGCACCCCCCCCCCCCAACGCCAGCGGGGACAAAAGGAGGCACGCUUCUCUCCGUCGCUCCUAUCGCUCUUUUGCUCUCUUUCUCCGCGUCCUCUUCCCCUGCGCGGUCUCUCCACGCCACUCUUUCUCUUUCUUUCUCUCCGCGUGGGACUGCGGACCGGGCCGGCGGGAGGAGGGCGGGGGGGCAUGGCGAGGCUGCUCUGCUCUCUGUGGGGGGCGGCGCUGCUGUUUUGGGGAGCCCGGGGUGCCCUCGCUCAGCCCGGGGGGGACACCAUGCCCGCGUACCUCUGGCAGACAGAGCCCUGGGGCCGGUGCAUGGGUACGGAGUGUGGCCCGGGGGGCAGCCAGAGCCGGACGGUGUGGUGCAAGCACGCGGAGGGCUGGCCCACGCUCCACACCAACUGCCCCGCAGCCGAUCGCCCGGGCAACCAGCGCGACUGCUUCCACGUGUGCGACCAGCACCGGGACCUGUACGACUGGCGCCUGGGCGAGUGGGGGCGCUGCGUGCCCGUGUCCCAGCGCGGCGGCGCGGGCGGGGCCGGGGCCGGGGGGGGCGGGGCCUGCGCCUGGGGCGCGGAGGGCAUCCAGACGCGGGAGGUGGGGUGCGUGCGGACCGCGGACGGGACGGCGGCGGAGGAGGACGCCAUCUGCGAGUACUUCGAGCCCAAACCGCGGCUGGAGCAGGCCUGCCUCGUGCCCUGCCCCCGCGGCUGCGUGGUGUCCGCCUUCUCCCCCUGGUCCCCCUGCCCCGCCCCCUGCGGCGGGGCGGCGGGGCUCCAGAGCCGCGCCCGCUCCGUGCUGGCCCCGCCCCUCUUCGGCGGCGCCGCCUGCCCCGCCCUGGCGGAGUUCCGGCCGUGCGAGCCACCGGGGGAGUGUGGGGACGGGGAGGGGGGCGGGUUCGGGCUGAGGGUGGGGCCCUGGAGCGAGUGCCAGCCCCCUCCCGCCGCCGCCGCCGCCGCCCCACGCCCGGCCCGCCAAGCCCGCCAAGCCCGCCAAAGCCGCCGGCGUAAGAACAAGGAGCGGGGCCGCGAGCGGGACAAGGGGGGCGACAGGGACCCCGAAACCCGCCAGCUCAUUAAGAAGAAGAGGACCCGGAACCGGCAGAACCGGCCCGACGCCAAGCUGUGGGACCUGCAGCUGGGCCACCAGACCCGCGAGCUCACCUGCGCCCACCGCAACGCCACGCCCGCCCAGCUCAGCCUGUGCUCCCAGGAUCCCCUCCCGGAGGUGUUCCGGUCCUGUGUGGUCCCCCGGGACUGUGAGGUCAGCGAGUGGGGGGCCUGGAGCCCCUGCUCCAAGACCUGCUACGACCCCAACGGCCCCCAGGGGGAGCGCUCACGCACACGCCGCGCCCUCCGCUUCCCGGUGGGCGGGGGGGCCGAGUGCCCCGCCUUGGAGGAGGUGGAGCCCUGCACCCCCCAGGGAGAGGGGGUGCCGCCCUGCCCUGUGUACACCUGGAAGACUUCAGAGUGGACUGAGUGCCGGGUGGACUUGUUGCUAAGCCAACAGGACCGACGCCGUGGCAACCAGACCAGCCUGUGCGGGGGCGGGGUCCAGAGCCGGGAGGUCUACUGUGCCCAGGGCAACAGUGACCCCGCCUCCUACCUGAACACGGCCCGGGACAAGGAAGCCUGGCGCCCCGUGGACAGCCGCCUGUGCCUGGGGCCGGUGCCCAACGCCACCCAGCUGUGCCACAUGGAGUGCCCGGUGCAGUGUGCCCUGUCCGCCUGGAACGCCUGGGGGCCCUGCACCCUGGAGAACUGCCAGGAGCCUGCCGCAGGGAAGAAGGGCUUCAAGCUGCGGAAGCGCGCCAUCGUGAACGAGCCGACGGGCGGAGCCGGCAGCUGCCCUCACCUGGUGGAGGCCGUGCCCUGUGACGAGCCCAGCUGCUACGCCUGGCUGGUGGCGGCGCUGGAGGCCUGUAUCCCCGACAACGGCAGGCCGUGCGGGCCGGGGACGCAGGUGCCGCGGGCGCAGUGCGUCGACAGCGACGGCGCUCCGGCGGAGACGCAGCUGUGCCGGGACGCGAUCCUGCCCAUCCCGGUGGCGUGCGAGGUGCCCUGCCCCAGAGACUGCGCCCUCAGCCCCUGGAGCUCCUGGUCCCCGUGCUCCCACACCUGCUCCGGCAAGACCACCGAGGGGCGCCAGGCCAGAGCCCGCGCCGUGCUGGCCUACGGAGCCGGCGACGGAGGAGCUCAGUGCCCUAACAGCAGCAGUCUGCAGGAGUCUCGCAGCUGUAACAGUCACCCCUGCACCGUGUACCACUGGCAGGCCAGCUCCUGGGGCCAGUGCAUCGAAGACUCCUCCCUCUCCUCCGUGAACUCCUCCUCCGGCUCCGCCCACAGGCCUGCCGGGGGUGUGGCCUGCUCCAUCGGCAUGCACACCCGCAAGGUCAUCUGCGUGCGAGACAGCGUGGGACAGGUGCCCCCCAAAAAGUGUCCGGAGAGCCUGCGGCCGGAGACAGUGCGGCCGUGUCUCCUGCCGUGCAAACGGGACUGCGUGGCCACGCCCUACAGCGACUGGACCCCCUGCCCCUCCACCUGCCAAACAGGUAGCAGCACGAAGAAGAAGCAAAGCAGGAAACGCAUCAUCAUCCAGCUGCCGGCCAAUGGGGGACUGGACUGCCCCGAGGUUCUGUCCCAGGAGAGGGAGUGCGAGGCUCUGUCUGUGUGCCAGGGGUACAGGUGGAAGACACACAAGUGGCGGCGGUGCCAGCUGUUGCCGUGGGCGAUCAGGCAGGGCAGCCCUGGAGCACAGGAGAGCUGUGGACCAGGUCUGCAAACCCGAGCGGUGUCCUGUCGGAAGCAGGACGGGGGACAGGCCGAUAUCAGGGAGUGUCUGAAGCUGGCCCCCCCCAUGCCCCCCGUCACCCAGCCCUGCCAGCUCCCGUGCCAGGACCACUGCCAGCUCACCGCCUGGUCCAAGUUCUCCUCCUGCUCCUCCGACUGCGGGGGCGUCCGCACGCGCAAGAGGGCGCUCGUGGGUAAGAGUAAGAAGAGGGAGCAGUGCAGGAACACGCAGGCCUACCCGCUGAGCGAGACUCGCUACUGCCCGUGCGACAAGCACAGCGCCCAGCCCGUGGGCAACUGGUCCGACUGCGUGCUGCCCGAGCCCGGCCGCGUGGAGGGCAUGCUGGGCAUGAGGGUGCAGGGCGACGUCAAGGAGUGCGGCCAGGGCUACCGCUACCAGGCCAUGGCCUGCUACAACCAGGACCAGCGGCUGGUGGAGACCGCGCGGUGCAGCAGCCACGGUUAUAUUGAGGAGGCCUGUGUGAUCCCCUGCCCGUCGGACUGCAAGCUCAGCGAGUGGUCCAACUGGUCGCGCUGCAGCAAGUCCUGCGGCAGCGGUGUCAAAGUCCGGUCCAAGUGGCUCCGGGAGAAACCCUACAACGGCGGCCGACCGUGCCCCAAACUCGACCACCUCAGCCAGGCCCAGGUGUAUGAGGUGGUUCCGUGUGUCAGUGACUGCAGUCAGUACGUGUGGGUGGCUGAGCCCUGGAGCUCGUGGAAGGUGAGCAACGUGGACCUGAAGGAGAACUGCGGAGAGGGAGUUCAGACACGGAAAGUCCGGUGUGUGCAGAACACAGUGGAUGGUCCAGGUGACCCGGUGGAUGAUUACCUGUGCGAUCCGGAGGAGAUGCCGCUGGGAGCUCGUGAGAGCCACCUGCCCUGUCCGGAGGACUGCGUCCUGUCAGACUGGGGGUCCUGGUCCCCCUGUACCCCGCCCUGCAGCGAGAACGGGACUCGGGUGCGAACGGCGACCCCCAUACGCCUGCCGGCAGAGGGGAAACUGUGCCCCCCCUCCACCGAAACGGAGCCCUGCAAACUCAACACCAACUGCUACCACUACUCCUACAACAUCACAGACUGGAGCACCUGUCAGCUGAGUGAGAGAGCCGUGUGUGGGCGGGGCAUCAGGACGCGCAUGCUGGACUGCGUGCGCAGCGACGGCAAGUCUGUGGACCUCAAGUACUGCGAGGAGCUGGGUCUGCCAAAGAAGUGGCUGAUGAACUCAUCCUGUCUGGUGGAGUGUCCUAUCAACUGCCAGCUUUCUGAUUGGUCGGCCUGGUCCCAGUGCUCCCUCACCUGCGGCCUGUCAGGGAGAAUGUGGCGGCGGCGCUCGGUGACCCAGGCGUCCCAGGGAGACGGGAGGCCCUGCCCCACCCAGAUGGAGCAGUGGAAGCCCUGUCCCGUCAGGCCCUGCUACAGGUGGCGCUACAGCGCCUGGUCCGAGUGUGGAGCCGAGGACGCUGGCUGUGGAGAAGGAGUGCGUGUGAGGAACGUGUCGUGUGUGGUGUUUGACGGUUCCCGUGACGAUGAGGGCAGUGUGGUGGAGGAGGAGCUGUGUGGGGGAGCGGACCCCCUGCAGGACGGAGACAACCGAGGCGCCCUGGAGGAGGCCUGCACUGUGCCCUGUCCAGGCGACUGUUACCUGGCGGAGUGGAGUGGGUGGAGCAGCUGUGAGCAGAGCUGUGUGAGAGGGGUGGAUUUGGGCCUGGGGGCGGUCCAGGUGAGGUCCCGCCCCGCCAUCGCCCAGGAGCCCCACAGCCUUCCCCAGUGUCCCCAGCAGGAGUGGGAGUCCCGCCCCUGCACAGACGGUCAGUGCUUUGAGUACACCUGGAUGGCCGCAGAGUGGAAAGGCCACGCCCGCCAGGUGUGGUGCCAGCGUUCCGACGGGCUGAACGUCACAGGCGGAUGCCCCCUGUCCAUCAAGCCCCUGUCAGACAGGUCAUGUGACCCAGCCUGCGAUAAGCCAAGAUCCGUCUGCACAGAGGUCGGCGUGUGCGGGUGCGCGGAGGGCUACACGGAGGUGAUGAGCUCGGACGGGCUCCUGGAGCAGUGCACGCUGAUCCCCGUCCUGGAGAUCCCCACCGCCGGGAUCAACGAGGCCGACGUGAAGACCAUCCGCGCCGCCAGCCCCACCCAGCCCACCGGCAACCAGGCCGGCCGCGCGGGACGCACCUGGUUCCUGCAGCCGUUCGGACCAGACGGGCGGCUGAAGACGUGGGUGUACGGCGUGGCGGCGGGCGUGGUCGUGCUGCUGAUCUUCAUCAUCUCCAUGACGUACCUCGCCUGCAAAAAGCCAAAGAAGCCACAGAGGAGGCAGAACAACCGGCUGAAGCCUCUCACUCUGGCUUACGACGGAGACGCCGACAUGUAGCCCCACCUCCGACCUCCGACCUCUGACCCCUGACGCUUGCUCAUGACAGCGAUGCAUACUUUUUUACAGUGACCUCUGUGGCCUACUCGCCCCCCUGACGCUUUGUUAGGAUGGCGACGCAGUCUUGUAGCGUGACCUCUGACCCCCUCCAACCUUUUACCCGCCACGGUGACGAGCGAUGCCCUCGGGCAGACCCGGUCGUCAUGGCAACCCAGCUCCUCCUCAGCAUCAGGACCUGCCCCGGGAACUAGAAGAGCUUGAUUUCGGGAAUUGGGGGGCGAGGGGGGGAGGCGACUGGCUUUAGCAUGGAGCAGAGACUAAUAAACAAGGUAACGCACACCUGUUCAGGUAACACACACCUGUUCAGGUAACACACACCUGCCGAGAGCAGGUGGAGAGGCGGUGCUUUCAGCUGUCCCGUACAGCCGGCCUUCCUUCUCCUGUUUAUCUCCCUCUCUCACGAGGGCCUUCCAGACCUGAAGAGGACGUGGCGCUUUGCUUCCUUCGCUUUUUCCCGCUCUUUUACUAAAGGAAGAACCUGCUUUUUGAGAGGAGAGGAGGGGCCAGCCAGGAGCCCUGUUAAAACUCCCGUUCAGGAAGCGAAACCCCUCGCCUCUGACCGCAGUCCAGGAGGCCCCUGCGUUUCCAGCGGCUCUACAAACACCCUGGAGGAACACGCCCCCUCGGCUCCGCGUCCUGCUCCUUCACCUUCGCCGCGAUUCGCUGACCGCCGAGUUCCUCCCGCCUCUCCUGGGUGCUGCUGGGAUCGAUCGCGUCGGCCAUCUUCCUUCCCCCGGAGUCCACCAACCAAAACACUGAGUAGCUCAGAGAGUGGGCGGGGCUACCGUGCUUCAUCGCUGAACUGCCGGCCCGAACCAAUCGUACAUGUUUGUAACGGCGGACCAUGUUUUUGAUUGGUUCACGGGAGCUCGGUGAUUGACAGGGCAUGGUAGCUCCACCCACUCUGGGUCUGUGACUCCUCCCUCCCUCGUCACAUGACGGUUAGCGCUGAAGAUCUCCCGCUAAAGACGCUCUUCCUUCUGCCCCCUCUAAGGCAGGGCUUUGCACUAUAUUAGUGUGAGCAUGUUAUGUAUUUAUAUCUAUAUCUAUUUAUAUCGUAUUUCCAUAGCAACUGACCCUUUGGAAUCAGGAUGAAAGUAAAGUUUUGUCCUUGAAAAUAAAAUAAAAAAUAAUUUAAAAAGACAUUUUUCAAAUUUGAGGGGAAAAAGACAAAAAAAAAAAAAAGAAGACGUUUACUAAUGUUUGCUUUUAUGCAUUUUUUAUUUAUAUGACAGGAUCUAUGUCACAUUGUUUUGUGUUUAAUAUGCGGGUUUUUCUUUUUAAAAAAAGAAGAAAGAAAAGGCUGUUCACUCUUUGAUUACCUUCCAGGUGUUUCUCUUUCUCAUAUUUCACGAGAGCGUGCGAGCACACGGAUGACUGGACUUGUCAGCUUAUAAAAUGUUUAGUUUUAUUUUAUUUCAGCGCUUCGUUGUCGAGCCUGCGGCUCCGGUAUCUGUGCGAUCUGCAGUCCCAGCCCUGCAAUCUCAGACAGGCACACCCGCCGCAGAGCGAGCGGAGAGAGAGAGAGAGGGAGAGGCAG